AGGCCUGGCUCGCCCUCUCCUCGGAUUUUCCUCCACACCUUCCCCGAUGACCCCUUUCCCUGGCUCCGUCUCCUCGUUUUUCCCGGCCUUGCCUCUUUUCCCUGGCCCUUCUUGUUCCAUCUCUCCGACUUGGGCUUGUCGCUUGCUGGCCGCGCCACGGUCUCGUGCAGCCCGACUCCCUUCCCCUCACCCGACAGCCUGUUCGCCCCAAGUCUGCCUGCGGCACCUUUUGGGGCUCUGUCUCACUGCUUUUCCGGGCUUUGCUUUCCUUCUGACCUGUCCCCUGGGGCUCUGAGGAAGGAGGGAGUCCCUGUCCUUUCCUUUCUCCCCCAGUUCCCCGCCCCCCAACUCUGGCCCCCUUUCUCCUUCUAGCAGUCUCUAGGGGUGGGGAGAGAACCGGAAUUUGGGGGGCCCUCUGGAGGGGCAGAGGGCUGUAUGUCGCUUGGGAAAGGGGCUUUGAAUGUGUGUGCGGAGUGGGGGGUGUGAGGGUGGUUAGCAACCCGGCUGCCUCUGUUGUCCCUUUAAAUGGCCCUCACAUUUCUGGGGACUCAUGGGGAGGGGGGUGGUGAGCAGCCUGCCUGGGGGGCAGGGCCCUGGGUUAGUCCACAUAAUCAGGGGUGGUAAUGAUUUAAAGGGACAGUCUUAGUGUGGCUGCUGCCAUCCUGUGCCAGCGAGAAGGGGAGCCGGCAGGCCAUGUCUGGAGAGGCUUGGCUGAAGAGCAGGGCAUUUGAGGCUGAGUCUGUUGUGGGGCUUGCCAGGUCUGGGACUGCUGCGGCUGGGAAAGUGCAAGGAGGGGUGACAGCUUGCCCCUGGGGGGGCAUUCAGCCUGGGCUUUCUCCAAGGCCCACUUUUGGGUUCAUGGCCAGGACUCCUUGGCCAGGAAUCAUUGAGUACAAACUACAGAGCCCUUCAGCCACCAGGUUGGGGCAACUGGCAAGUCUGCAGGUCAGCAGCCUGGUUUGGGUACACUGGAGCUGGUCCUUCAGCUUCCCCUUUUGUUGUUUGGCUCUGUGCACAAGAAAGCCCCAGCCCCUCCCCCAGUUCCCUCUCCCAGUCCACAUGUCCCCCCCCCCAAACACACCCACCCCAGCUGUUGGACAGAUGAAUUACAGCCUCCGGCUUCAGGCCAGGGCUGGUGAGGGAUUAAAGCUCUGGGGCUGGCCCUUUAAAUGGCUUUUGGCCCCUCCCCCACUCUGGUGUCCAGACACCCCAUACACCCACCACUGACCCCCUUGGCUGCCCCUCACUCCUUCUCUUGGUUUGUCCUAAGGCCUGGCACUCCUCUCUCUCCAGGCUAGAGCUUCCCCAGUGUCCACUUCCCUUCCAACAUAACCACAUACACAAAUGGUAUAGAUCUCUUUUUCUCUCAUUCUCUCUCUCUCCCUAAUUCCACAUUCUGAGUGUCCCUGUCCUGGAGGGUUCUAGCCUCAAGCUCCCUUCUCCAGCAGAAGCACCUUGCCAGCCUGGCCUCCCUAGACUGCAGCUGACCACUACCCUGGCCCAGUGAGGGGCCUUGCAUGGGUCAGAAAUAGCACAUCCCUGGGGGCAGUGUCAUCAGCAGCCCAGGCAGCUUGCAGCACAUUGCAUCAUGGAGGCUGGAGGCUGGGGGCUGGAGGCCUGAGUCUCUGGGGCAGAGGAAGGAUGGGGGCUGGAAGGCCAGGGAAUGGAGACUGGACUGAGAGUCCAAGUGUCUGGGAUGGGCCAAGAAUCUGGGUUCUUAAGGGCAGAGAACUGUGGCUAAGGGAGCAGAAAACAGAUCCCUGAGGAGUGAGUUUGAAGUUUAAGGCAGAUUUAGAUCUGACCCCUGGAUGGACACCUAAUUCUUGACCUUAGAUUUAUGUUAAAAGAUCUAGCUUGUCUUUGAGAGUUAGAAGAGGGAGUGGGUCUCUAUCACCUUCUUGGGCCACACAGAGGAAGGAGGUGAUGGGGAAACAGGAUAUGGCCUUGAGGGGUAGGAUGGAAGACAGGCUUGCAGCAGAGGCCACUUCCAGAUCCAGGACCAGAGUCACAACCCUUGCUGAGGAGGAAGGCUUCUCCCUGCUGGGCCUGUUCAUCUAGUCUGGCCACCUGUGCUGCUCAGGAGACCUGCCUGCACCCGCCAGGGGAAGAGGAGGGGGCAGAGUCCAGAGGGUGGGGUUGACUGGUAUCUUGAUAAGGUUAGAGAGGAGGCAGAGCUGAAAGAAGAGGAUCUGCUUGCCUGAGGCCAGUACUGAAGCUGACUUGGAUACAGAUGUCUGGGGUAGCUGGGCCUACUCUAGGGCUAGGGACUCUCAGCAGGAGAGUCCAGUAAGAGGAGGGAUCAUGGGUUGGGUGACCACUGUGGACUUAUGCAGAUUCCAUAGCAUGAUCCCCUUACCCCAGAUCCAGGCUGCUUCCUAAAGGGAAAGGCUGGAGGACUACUUUGGGUAUGGCAUUUUCUGGUUGCCAUGGAAACAGAUUCUCCCAUCCCAUCUAAUCACUAGAGCCAGGUUUCUCCUCAAUAAGGGGACAGAUAGCACAGGGAAAUUAUCUAGACUGGGAGAACCCACCUCUAACUGGCUUUUUUCUUUUAGGUUCCCCCAGGCACCAUGCCAGCCCCAUAAUACCACCCACCUCACCCACUGUGGUCUGCUGCACCCCACUGUUGGGGCACUGAUUCCAAUGAGGGCACACCAAACUCCAUCUGGCUGUUACUGAGGCGGAGACGCGGGUGAUGAUUGGUUUUCUGGGCAGAGAGGAAGUCCUGUGAUUGGCCAGAUUCCUGGAGUUCGCUGACGCUGUGAGGGGACGCUCCCACGGAGGCCGGAAUUGGCCGUGAAAGGCCCUGGGCGGCCUUCAGGGGCAGUGCAAUCUCCUGUCAGAGCGGCUAGAGUUGGGACCAUCGCCCCAGAGAGCUGGGGCAGGGGGCCGUGCCCCAUCUCCAGGGCUCCUGGGGCCACUGCUGACCUGGCUGGAUGCAUCGGGCAGUGGACCCUCCAGGGGCCCGCGCUGCACGGGAAGCCUUUGCCCUUGGGGGCUUGAGCUGUGCUGGGGCCUGGAGCCCCUGCCCGCCCCAUCCCCCUCCUCGUAGCGCAUGGCUGCCUGGAGGCAGGUGCUCUGCCAGCAUCGGGCAGCCUCCACUUUCUGCUCCCAUACCCCCUUCACAUGGCAGUAGCUCUGGGCACCCCAACAAACAAUAUUAUAUUCCAGGGACACCCACCCCAAGACCCCUCCAUGGAAAGCUGGAAUCCCUGCAUAGCUGUGUGCAGGCAUUGCUCCGGGAACCAGCCCAGCCAGGGCUGUGGGAGCAGCUUGGACAGCUGUACGAGUCAGAGCAUGACAGUGAGGAGGCCAUACGCUGCUACCACAGCGCCCUUCGAUAUGGAGGAAGCUUAGCUGAGCUGGGGCCUCAUAUCGGCCGAUUACAGCAGGCCCAGCUCUGGAACUUUCAUGCUGGCUCCUGCCAGCACCGAACCAAGAUCCUGCCCCCGCUGGAGCAAGUAUGGAACUUGCUACAUCUUGAGCACAAGCGGAACUAUGGGGCUAAGAGGGGGGGUCCCCCAGUGAAGCGAGCCGCUGAACCCCCAGUGGUGCAGCCUGUGCCUCCUGCAGUACUCUCAGGCCCAUCAGGGGAGGAGGGUCUCAGCCCUGGAGGCAAACGAAGGAGAGGCUGUAAUUCUGAGCAGACUGGCCUUCCCCCAGGGCUGCCACUGCCACCACCACCAUUACCACCACCACCACCACCACCACCACCACCACCACCACCACCCCUACCACCUGGCCUAGCCACCAGCCCUCCAUUUCAGCUGACCAAGCCAGGGCUGUGGAGUACCUUGCAUGGAGAUACCUGGGGCCCUGAACGCAAGGGUUCAGCACCCCCAGAGCGCCAGGAACAGCGGCACUCGCUGCCUCAUCCAUAUCCAUAUCCAGCUCCAGCCUACACUGCGCAACCCCCUGGCCACCGGCUGGUCUCAGCUACACCCCCAGGCCCAGGCCCCCGCCCCCCAGGAGCAGAGAGCCAUGGCUGCCCGCCUGCCACCCGUCCCCCCGGAAGUGACCUUAGAGAGAGCAGAGUUCAGAGGUCGCGGAUGGACUCCAGCGUUUCACCAGCAGCAACCACCGCCUGCGUGCCUUACGCCCCUUCCCGGCCCCCCGGCCUCCCCGGUACCACCACCAGCAGCAGCAGUAGUAGCAGCAGCAGCAACCCUGGUCUCCGGGGCAUGGAGCCGAACCCAGGCAUUCCCGGCGCUGACCAUUACCAAACUCCCGCGCUGGAGGUCACUUCUCACCAAGGUCGCCUGGGGCCCUCGACACAUAGUGGUCGGAAACCUUUCCUGGCAGGUCCUGCUGCCACUCCCCACCUGUCCCUGCCACCUGGCCCCCCCUCACCUCCUCCACCCCCCUGUCCCCGCCUCUUACGCCCCCCACAUCCCCCUGCCUGGCUGAAAGGCCCGGCUAGCCGGUCAGCCCGAGAGGAUGGAGAGAUCUUAGAGGAUCUCUUCUUCGGGGCUGAGGGACGCCCUCGCCCUCCUCCACCACCCUUCCCGCACCGUGAGGGCUUCUUGGGGCCUCUGGCCCCCCGUUUUUCUGUGGGCACUCAGGAUUCGCACAUCCCUCCUACUCCCCCAACCACCAGCAGUAGCAGCAACAAUGGCAGCCACAGCAGCAGCCCUCCUGGGCCUGUGUCUUUCCCCCCACCUCCCUAUUUGGCCAGAAGUAUGGACCCCCUUUCCAGGCCCCCCAGCCCAACACUGAGUCCCCAGGACCCACCUCUUGCACCCCUAACUCUUGCUCUGCCUCCAGCCCCUCCCUCCUCCUGCCACCAAAAUACCUCAGGAAACUUCAGGCGCCCGGAGAGCCCUCGGCCCAGGAUCUCCUUCCCAAAGACCCCCGAGGUGGGGCCAGGGCCAUCCCCAGGCCCCCUGAAUAAAGCCCCCCAGCCCGUGCCCCCGACAGUUGGGGAACUGCCUGCCCGAGGUGCGCGACUCUUUGAUUUUCCCCCUACCCCACUGGAGGACCAGUUUGAGGAGCCCGCUGAAUUCAAGAUCCUACCUGAUGGGCUGGCCAACAUCAUGAAGAUGCUAGAUGAAUCCAUUCGCAAGGAGGAGGAGCAGCAACAACAGGAGGCAGGCGUAGCACCUCCACCCCCCCUGAAAGAGCCCUUUGCAUCUCUGCAGCCUCCAUUCUCCAGUGACACAGCCCCAACCACCACUGCCGCUGCCGCCACCGCUACCACCACCACCACCACCACCACAGCCACAGCCACCCAAGAACAGGAGAAGAAGCCACCACCAGCUCUGCCACCACCACCACCACUAGCCAAGUUCCCUCCACCUCCCCAGCCACAGCCACCACCACCCCCGCUACCCCCAGCAGCCAGCCCAGCCAGCCUGCUCAAAUCCCUGGCCUCCGUACUGGAGGGACAAAAGUACUGUUACCGGGGGACUGGAGCAGCAGUUUCUACCCGUCCUGGGCCCUUGCCCACCACUCAGUAUUCCCCAAGUCCCCCAUCAGGUGCUACCGCCCCACCACCCACCUCAGCGGCCCCUAACUCCCAGGGCUCCCCACAGCCCUCUGCUUCCUCGUCAUCUCAGUUCUCUACCUCAGGCGGCCCCUGGGUCCGGGAGCACAGGGAAGGUGAAGAGCCAGCCCUGGGCCCCAUGACCCCCGCCCCCUCGCCCCCACCUCUGCCCCUGCCCCCUGCUCGCUCUGAGUCUGAGGUGCUAGAAGAGAUCAGUCGGGCUUGUGAGACUCUUGUAGAGCGGGUGGGCUGGAGUGCCGCAGAUCCAGCAGGCCCAGUGGACACAGCAAACCCUGUGGACAAGGCAGACCUAGUGGACAGUGGGACUGAACGACUGCUGCCUCCUGCCCAGGCUAAGGAGGAGAGUGGUGGGGUGGUGGCAGUAACAGGACCAGGCAGCAGCAAGCGGCGGCAGAAAGAACAUCAGAAGGAGCAUCAGAAGGAGCAUCGGCGGCACAGGCGGGCCUGUAAGGACAUUGUGGGUCGGCGGCCCCGUGAGGGCAGGGCAAAGGCCAAAGCCAAGGUCCCCAAAGAAAAGAGCCGCCGGGUGCUGGGGAACCUGGACCUGCAGAGCGAGGAGAUCCAGGGUCGUGAGAAGGCCCGGCCUGAUACUGGUGGGGCCUCUAAAGCUAAACCAGCCACUGCUCCAGCCCCUCCAUCAGUUCCUGCACCCUCUGCCCAGCCCACACCUACAUCACCCCCUGUCCCUGGGAAGAAGUCUCGGGAGGAAGCUCCAGGGCCACCAGGUGUCAGCCGGGCUGACAUGCUCAAGCUGAGAUCACUUAGUGAAGGGCCCCCCAAGGAGCUGAAGAUCCGGCUUAUCAAGGUAGAGAGUGGUGACAAAGAGACCUUUAUCGCCUCUGAGGUGGAAGAGCGGAGGCUGCGCAUGGCGGACCUCACCAUCAGCCACUGUGCUGCUGAUGUCGUGCGUGCCAGCAAGAAUGCCAAGGUGAAAGGGAAGUUUAGAGAGUCCUACCUUUCCCCUGCCCAGUCUGUGAAACCGAAGAUCAACACUGAGGAGAAGCUGCCCCGGGAAAAACUCAACCCACCCACACCCAGCAUCUAUCUGGAGAGCAAACGGGAUGCCUUCUCACCAGUGCUGCUGCAGUUCUGUACAGACCCUCGAAAUCCCAUCACCGUGAUCCGGGGCCUGGCAGGUUCCCUGCGUCUCAACUUGGGCCUCUUCUCCACCAAGACUCUGGUGGAGGCGAGUGGUGAGCACACUGUGGAGGUGCGCACCCAGGUGCAGCAGCCCUCAGAUGAGAACUGGGAUCUGACUGGCACUCGACAGAUCUGGCCCUGUGAGAGUUCUCGUUCCCAUACCACCAUUGCCAAGUAUGCGCAGUACCAGGCCUCAUCCUUCCAGGAGUCCCUGCAGGAGGAGAAGGAGAGUGAGGAUGAGGAGUCAGAGGAGCCAGACAGCACCACAGGAACUCCUCCUAGCAGUGCACCAGAUCCGAAGAACCAUCACAUUAUCAAGUUUGGCACCAACAUCGACCUGUCUGAUGCCAAGCGGUGGAAGCCACAACUACAGGAGCUGCUGAAGCUGCCCGCCUUCAUGCGGGUAACAUCUACAGGCAACAUGUUGAGCCACGUGGGCCACACGAUCCUGGGCAUGAACACAGUGCAGCUGUACAUGAAGGUCCCUGGCAGCCGAACGCCAGGCCACCAAGAGAACAACAACUUCUGCUCUGUCAAUAUCAACAUAGGCCCAGGCGACUGUGAGUGGUUCGCGGUGCACGAGCACUACUGGGAGACCAUCAGCGCUUUCUGCGACCGGCACGGUGUGGACUACCUGACAGGUUCCUGGUGGCCAAUCCUGGAUGACCUCUAUGCUUCCAAUAUCCCUGUGUACCGCUUCGUGCAGCGCCCUGGAGACCUUGUGUGGAUUAACGCAGGGACCGUGCACUGGGUGCAGGCUACCGGUUGGUGCAACAACAUCGCCUGGAAUGUUGGGCCACUCACAGCCUAUCAGUACCAGCUGGCCCUGGAACGGUAUGAAUGGAACGAGGUGAAGAACGUCAAAUCCAUUGUGCCCAUGAUUCACGUGUCCUGGAAUGUGGCUCGAACCGUCAAAAUCAGCGACCCCGACUUGUUCAAGAUGAUCAAGUUCUGCCUCCUGCAGUCCAUGAAACACUGCCAGGUGCAACGGGAGAGCUUGGUACGAGCAGGGAAGAAAAUUGCCUACCAGGGCCGGGUCAAGGAUGAGCCUGCCUACUACUGCAACGAGUGCGACGUGGAGGUGUUCAACAUCCUGUUCGUGACGAGUGAGAACGGCAGCCGCAACACUUACCUGGUGCACUGUGAGGCCUGUGCUCGGCGCCGCAGCGCGGGUCUCCAGGGCGUGGUGGUGCUGGAGCAGUACCGCACCGAGGAGCUGGCCCAGGCCUAUGACGCCUUCACGCUGGUGAGGCCGCUGGUGCAGCGAAGGCGCUGGGCGGGCCUUCGGGCGGACCUGCAGGGGGCGGGCUGUGGGGUGGGUCAACCCGCCCCUGCCUCCCUGCCCCUGAGCCCCCCGCCCACUUUCUCCCUGCAGGCCCCUGCCAGCGCAUCUCGAUGAAGCCGGAUGCCCCGCCCGCCUGCCCUCCGGCAGGUCGCAGCGGGGCCACCAGCACACGCCUGGGCUGGACCUAGGUCCCGCCUCUGGCCGGGAAGGGGGUCGGGCACAGCCCUUUACCCCAUUGGCAGCUCCCCUUCACUUAAUUUAUUAAGAAAAAAAUUUUUUUAAACAAAUAUGAGGAAAAAAGGAAAAAAAAAAAAAGGGAGACGGGGGAGGGGGCUGGCAGCCCCUCGCCCACCAGCGCCUCCCCUCACCGACUUUGGCCUUUCUAGCAACAGACACAAGGACCAGGCUCCGGCGGCGGCGGGGGUCACAUACGGGUUCCCUCACGCCUGCCAGCCGCCUGCCCGGCGCAGAUGCUCGUGUAUGUACAUAGAUGUUACGGCAGCCGAGGUUUUUAAUGAGAUUCUAUGGGCUUUACCCCUCCCCCACAACCUCCGUUUUUUAUUCCCAAUGCUAGCUGUGAUCCCUGUACCUGUCUCUGUUUAUUCAAUUGGUUAUGAUUUGUAUUUUUUUGUUUUGUUUUUAAUUUAUAACAGUCCCACUCACCUAUUUAUUCAUUUUGGGGAAAACCCAACCUCCCGCACCCCCAAGCCAUCCUGCCCGCCCUUCCAGGGGCCACCCGCCGCUGGGCUCUCCCUGUACCCCAGUGUGUGUCCCGGCCCUGCCCGCCUGUCUAUGCCGUCAGCGGCUCCAGCCGGGUUCUCAUGGUGCUCAAAUCCGCUCCCCUCCCCUACGUCCUGCACUUUCUCGGACCAGAACCCCCCCACACACACUCCCGCCCCAACCCUGCCUGAGGGUGAGCGACUCCUGUACUGUAGGGGAAGAAGUGGGAACUGAAAUGGUAUUUUGUAAAAAAAAUAAAAUAAAAUAAAAAAAUUUAAAAGUUUUAAAGAAAGAACUAUGAGGAAAAGGAAACCCCGUCCUUCCCAGCCCUGGCCAAUUUUUAACAGACCUUCCCCUCAUGCCCCUGUCCCCCCUUUUCUUUUUAAGCGUGAAACAGCCCAGGGCCAGGGCCUCCCUGGGGCAGGGACACCCCGGGAAGAGUUUCCCUGGGGCUUUAUUUUCGUGUUGUCAGUUGUUUUCUCUCCUCCACGCUGGGGCUGCGGAGGGGUGGGGGGUUUACAGUCCCGCCCCCUCGCACUGCACUGUCUCUCUGCCCCAGAGGCAGAGGGGUCUUCCCAAUCCUACCCCUAUUUUCCGUGAUUUUUGUGUGAGAAUAUUAAUAUUAAAAAUAAA